AUGACCACCCCAUCCUCAAGUGGCCCAUCCCGCGCAUCCUGGCGCGGGAUCCUAGACUCCCACCUCAGCCAAACCCCCGGCUAUGAAUUCACAAUCGGCACCAUCGGGCUCGAUGACCAGAACCGCCCCGUUCCGCGAGUGCGCACCUGUGGCUUCCGCGGCUUCUUCCCCGAGCUCACACUACACCCCAGCGGCGCCAAAGAUAUGGAGCAGCAGGAAGAAGACGGCGAUAAUCCCUCUCUGUAUGAGAGUGACAUGUUCACGCUCACCACCGAUGUGCGGAUGGAGAAGUUGGCGCAGUUGGAAUCGUCCAGCCGGGAGAUCGAGGCUGUCUUCUGGCUGAAGGAUCUCAACGCCCAGUGGCGGGUUAAGGGAAAAGCGUUUGCAAUUGGGAAUCCCUUGGGCGAGACAGAUGCACAGGAGAAGUUGGCCCGGUCGGCGGUUCAAAGGGGGUUGAGGGUCAAGGAUUAUGGCGGUGCGGAUGCAUCGGGUGCGGAGAAAUGGUCGUGGGAGAAGGCUGUGACCAAGUACUUUGCCAAUCACUCUCCAUUUAUGAGAGGCUCUUUCAGAAACCCACCACCUGGUCAGCCCAGAUCGCAAGAACCCAGUGAUCCACGCUUGAAGAUAGGGCAGAAAGUCACUGAUUUGCAUGACCCCGUCGCUCGUGCGAAUUUCAGAGUUGUGGUUAUUCAGCCUGAAGAAGUUGAGCGCUUGGAUCUCACGAAUCCAGAAGACAUUCGGCGGUGGAAAUGGUCUUUGGAAGGCAAUGGGAAGGAUUCAUCGGGGGAUAAAUGGAUUGAGACUGAACUGUGGCCAUAA